AAACCCCAAUAGCAAAAGAGUGACGAAGGAUCAAAAAUAUAUGCUCGUUCAAUAUUUGGAGGAUCAUAGAGAAUUUGCUCACGACAGAUUCGUCAAUGGCACCGGGAGCAAAAGUUUAGCUGAGCAGUGGAACCACCUCGCCGAAAAAUUAAAUGCUUGCGGAGGAUCCAUAAAAGAUGGUGAAGGACGGAAGAGAGCGUGGGUAAAUAUGAGGAGCAAAGCUAAACAAAAAUCCCAAGAUUUGAGAAAUGCUAUGGAGCGAAGCGGGGUAAAUUCAUCAAUUACCGAAAAGCAUCUCAGUUACCUCGACGAGCGCAUCAUUGGCGUGAUGUCCACAGUGGCAGUGGUCGGUCAAAGAGAAGUUAGCGAGCCACUGAGAAGUUCCGGCGCAGUAACUAGCGUGGAAUUAUUUGACGGCCCUGUGGACCACUUUUAGAUAGAGUUUCUUGAAGGAGGCGAUGAGGAACCGCAAAUGGCACCGGAUAUGGUUCCUCAGGAUCCACUUCCACCACAACGUCGGGCUCCCAAACGCAAAAAUUACUCUUUAGAAGAGAGCAACGCCAAUAUGAUACAAUUAGAAGAACGCAGAGUCGUCUUGGCGGAAAGAAAAAUUGCAGCGCUGGAGAAAAGAAACUCUAUAGAAGAGAGAAAGACCGACGUAUUGUCCAAUAUCUUAAAUAAAUUGGAUUUACUUCUACAAAGGUGAUUGGUCUCGGAGUGAUCGUAGAAAUGUAGAUAUUUGAGCUUUACGGUAUGUUGCCAAUGAAUUAUGAACGGUACUCAGACGUUUAUAUUUUGACGUUUAACUGAUUUUUUGAACUUUAAUAUUUCUUUUAUAAAAAUAUAGUAAAUUCAAUAACAUAUACCACAUCUAUCGUUGCUUUAAACUUUGUGCGAAAGUCGCGAAAAAUCAACAAAUUACGAAAAGCUGUGAUCAAAAUUUAAAAGCUUUUAUCAGAAUUUUUAGAAAGUGUUUACAUACGCAGAUAUAUAGCCUUCAAUUUCAGUUCCAUAAAAUGCAAGUUUGAAGUCGGUCGAAAUCCGCGUUUGAUUUUUCGAAAAUAUCUUUGGUUUAAGUUGUAAUGCAUUUUCUUCAACAUAAAAAAAUGCCGACAUACUUUACGUGGAAGAAAAUGCAGAACACCUUCAACCAAAAAAAAUUUCAAAAAAUUAACCGCGAAUUUUCACCGACUUCAAACUUGCACUUUAUGGUACUAAAAUAUAAGGCUUUAUAAAUGCGUAGUAAAAACAUUUUUUAAAAAUUCUGAUAAGUUUUAAAGUUUGAUGAGUUUUUAGUAAUUAGCCGAUUUUUCUCGAAUUCUCCACAAAGUUUGAAGCUACGAUAUAUGUGGUCUAUAUUACUGAAUUUACUAUAUUUUUAUUAAAAAAAAUAUGAAAGUUCAAAAAAUCAGUUAAACGUAAAUAUGUAAACAUCUGUGUACCGUUUGUAAUUCAAUGGUCAUAUACUAUAGGUUUAGUUUUCCAAGCUGUAAAACAGCGCGUUGUUUUUUACUUAUGUAAAUAAAUUUGGUAUUUAAGAUUUAGGUUAAGUUUUCAAGCUGUGGA